CAGUAGAGUUGUUGCUUGACCGGUUGGAAUUGAACGUGUCUUUAACAACCCAUUGACUCCAAACAGUUCUAAUCAAGUAUUUGGGAAUUGUUUAAUUGUCUUUAAAUAAUUCCGAUUACACUUUCGUUUCGAUUAAACGGUGUGAUUUUUAAUCGCGUGGUGCUAUUUAUUUUCGUUUAGUUCGUUUCGUGUACUUUUUCACAUGGUGCUCUAAAAGUUUUGCCAACUUGAGCGGCGACGCUUUAAUCGUGUUGUGUUUUGUGCAGUGACAUAACAUCAUCAUUCUCCCGGCACAGCAGCUGGGGGCGGUGGCACCAUGGCCAUCCGCUAUCACAUCCGUGGACGAUAUGGCACACAAAGGUACUACGAGACUGGCUCCAUCCGACCUCGAGCCAUCGGUGGUUCGAAACCUCGAGUAGCAACUGCAGAAGUCGUCUCGAAAAUUUCCUCGUACAAACGUGAGUGUCCUUCGAUAUUUGCCUGGGAGAUCAGAGAUCGACUGCUGCAAGAGGGUGUCUGUACCAACGACAACAUACCGAGCGUCUCGUCGAUAAACAGGGUUUUGCGAAAUUUGGCCGCACAAAAAGAGCAGUCGUCUCAGAAUCCUCCGGUUUCGACCGGAAACGACAGCGUAUACGAUAAGCUUCGCCUCCUGAACGGAAACCAAGGAAGUUGGAGACCGACGCCAUGGUAUUCGCCGGGCAACACUUCGUUUCCGCUUCAGCCACUGAGUCCACCGCCCACCAUCUUGGCCGACGACAUCAGCAAAAAAGUAACGGACCUCGAUGGAAUAAAUUCGGACGAAACCAACUCCGGGGACAACUCAAAUGCCGGCUCAAGUAUAGGACCGGACGACGAUCAAGCUAGACUUAGGCUAAAGAGGAAGUUGCAAAGAAACCGGACGUCUUUCACGAACGACCAGAUAGACAGCCUCGAAAAAGAAUUCGAAAGAACACAUUAUCCCGAUGUAUUUGCACGGGAGAGGUUGGCGGCGAAAAUUGGUCUUCCGGAAGCAAGGAUUCAAGUGUGGUUCUCAAACAGAAGGGCAAAGUGGCGAAGAGAAGAAAAAUUGCGUAAUCAACGUCGGGGUGCUCCAGCACCUGCUGAGCACCCAGGACCAGCUGCGUCACCACCACGUCUUCAGGGUUUUAACAAUACGUCGAUGUAUUCGCCUAUACCACCACCGAUGUCCAUUUCGGAUACGUACAGUUCAAUGUCUUCAAUGCCAACGUUUAGUCAUGGAGGACUUAGCACGAGUAUGGGACCUUCUCCGGGAGCUUGUUUGCAACAAAGGGAAAGUCCGGGAAUGGGCGGAGCAAUGAGUGGUUACUGCAUGGGUCGUCCACCUAGUUAUGACUUAGGGAUAGGAUAUGGGUCAAGACCGUCUCCCUGCAGUCCUACACAACCUUAUCAAAUGAAUGGACAUCAAUACAACACAAAUGGAACUUCGUCGACAGGUUUAAUAUCUCCUGGCGUGUCUGUCCCUAUAGCAGUUCCAGGGCAGGCUGACAUGACGUCGCAAUACUGGCCGCGUUUACAGUGACCUUGGUGGACCUAAAUAAUUUUGGCAUAAAUGUUGUCUUACCCUUUCCAUUCUAGUAUUGUUGAACUUUUUCAAGUUAACGCUUUGUGGUACCGAAAUGGUUUUUAAAAUGUGGAGUUAAUCGGUAAUCAAGCUAUUUUAGGACCAUUUUGGUUGGACGACUCUUAUAUUGACGAGAUAUUAAUUAAUUGCCAGAAUUGUCUUAAUUCCCUAAAGCGAGUCAAAACUCAUGCAUUCCAAAGAAUUAGUGUACAAUUCAUAUUUUCAUCAUUCUUGUGUAUAUGUGAUCUAAUAUUCAUUUACAAACAUGUAAAUUGCGAAAUUUAUUUUCAUUAUUUUAUGUAAGAACAUAUCUCAUAUCAAAGAAAAAUAAUGUUUAAUUUUUAAA